CCAAAACUAGCAGGGAAAUACAUUUGGCUUUUCUUGCCAGGGUCACUUGUGUGCUGUAAAGAAGCUGACAGAACAAGAAGGGCAACAGCUGAAGGAAGUAACCAUGGUAUGCCGUGUAGCAAUUAUUGGAGCAGGAGUGAGUGGCCUCGCAUCCAUCAAAUGCUGCCUGGAUGAGGGCCUGGAACCAACAUGCUUUGAAAGGAGUGAGAGCAUUGGUGGAUUGUGGCGCUUCAUGGAGUCACCAGAGGAAGGCCGAGCCAGCAUUUACAGAUCUGUGUUUACCAACUCAUGCAAAGAAAUGAUGUGCUACAUGGACUUUCCUUUCCCAGAGAAUUUUCCUAACUAUAUGCACAACUCCAAACUUCAGGAAUAUAUUGAACUAUAUGCCAAGCAUUUUGAUCUUCUUAAAUUCAUACAGUUUAAGACACAUGUGACCAAUAUUAAGAAGCACUCAGAUUUCCUUGUCUCUGGCCAAUGGGAUGUUGAGACACAGAAGGAUGGCAAGCUGGAAUCAACUACUUUUGAUGCUGUCAUGGUUUGCUCAGGACAUCAUGUGUAUCCAAGUAUCCCAGUUGCUAGCUUUCCUGGAUUAGAGAAAUUUCAGGGUCCCUUCUUCCACAGCCGGGAAUACAAAGGCCCUGAAAAGUUCAGGGGGAAGAAAGUUCUGGUAAUUGGCCUUGGCAAUUCUGGGAGCGACAUUGCUGUUGAGCUCAGUCACACAGCCUCUCAGGUUUGCAUCAGCUCUAGAAGUGGAUCCUGGAUAAUGAGUCGUGUCUGGGACAAAGGCUACCCUUGGGACAUGCUGAUCGUAACUCGCUUUGAAACAUUCCUCAAAAACGCCCUCCCAACAGCCAUUUCUGACUGGCUGUAUGUGAGAAAAAUGAACGGACGGUUUAAACAUGAGAACUAUGGUUUGAUACCUGUAAAUAGGAUUCUGCGAAAGGAGCCUGUCUUCAAUGAUGACCUCCCGAGCCGCAUUAUCUGUGGCACUGUUGUGGUUAAACCCAAUGUGAAACAAUUUACAGAAACCUCUGCAAUAUUUCAAGACGGGACUGUGCUAGAAGGCCUUGAUUAUGUCAUCUUUGCUACAGGCUACACCUUUGCCUACCCUUUCAUGGAUGAUGAAUCCAUUAUAAAGAGUAGAAAUAAUGAAGUCACCCUAUACAAAAGUAUCCUCCCCCCUCUGUUGGAGAAACCAACCAUGGCAGUCAUUGGCUUAGUCCAAUCUCUUGGAUCAGCUAUCCCAACCGCUGAGCUUCAGGCUCGCUGGGCUACAAGAGUAUUUAAGGGAUUAUGUAAGCUGCCUUCAAAGGACACCAUGAUGGAUGAUAUAGAUGAGAAAAUGGGGAAGAAGCUCAAAUGGUUUGGCCAGAGUGACACCCUGCAAACAGAUUACAUUGACUAUAUGGAUGAAAUCGCCUCCAACAUAGGUGUCAAACCCAACAUCCCACUUCUCUUUUUGACGGAUCCCUGGCUGGCACUGAAAGUCUUCUUUGGCCCCUGCAGUCCAUAUCAAUUUCGCCUCACUGGGCCAGGGAAAUGGGACGGAGCAAGAGAUGCCAUCCUAACCCAGUGGGACCGAACAAUGAAGGUCACAAGGACACGAAUUGUACCCAACUCUCAGAAGUGUUUCUUUUUUUCUGUUUUGCUUAAAAUCCUUGUAAUUCCAUUUCUCCUUGCUGCUAUUUUUAUAGUGUUAUACUAGUAACUUCAAUAUCAAAUUAGAAAAUGUCAUGGGAUUCUAAACUAUGUUUUAUUGUAAAGCAAAAUAAUCUCAGGUUUUAUAAUAAACAUUUCAAAAGACUGCUGAACACCUGCAUAUACAAAGUCCACAUAAAAUUUGACAAACAUUUUAGAAUAGAAUAGAAUAGAAUAGAAUAGAAUAGAAUAGAAUAGAAUAGAAUAGAAUAGAAUAGAAUAGAAUAGAAUAGAAUUUUAUUGGCCAAGUGUGAUUGGACACACAAGGAAUUUGUCUUGGUGCAUAUGCUCUCAGUGUACAUAAAAGAAAAGAUACCUUCAUCAAGGUACAACAUUUACAACACAAUUGAUGGUCAAUAUAUCAAUAUAAAUCAUAAGGAUUGCCAGCAACAAGUUAUAUCAUACAGUCAUAAGUGGAAAGAGAUUGGUGAUGGGAACUAUGAAACGAUUAAUAGUAGUGCAGAUUCAGUAAAUAGUCUGACAGUGUUGAUGGAAUUAUUUGUUUAGCAGAGUGAUGGCCUUCGGGAAAAAACUGUUCUUGUGUCUAGUUGUUCUGGUGUGCAGUGCUCUAUAGCGUCGUUUUGAGGGUAGGAGUUGAAACAGUUUAUGUUCAGGAUGCGAGUGAUCUGCAAAUAUUUUCAUGGCCCUCUUCUUGAUUCGUGCAGUAUACAGGUCCUCAAUGGAAGGCAGGUUGGUAGCAAUUAUUUUUUCUGCAGUUCUAAUUAUCCCCUGAAGUCUGUGUUUUAAGAGAUCAUCGGCCAAGCAUUACAUGCAGGGGUGAAAUGCUACCAAUUCGGACCGGUUCUCCCAAAUCCGUAGUAAAAAUGCUACCAGUUUGGGCAAACCGAUAUUUCUGAUGAUCAGCUGGACGAUGAUUAGCUGUGACAUGCAAUUUAUAUUAACUAGAAUCGUUGGAUUUCCUGCUUUCUAGCUAAUCUAAAUCGCAUGGCACAGCGGAUUCCCUCCCCUCGCUGUUCUACUUACCUUUGCAGACUUGGAAGGCUUCAAAAUGUUCCCUUUUUAGCACUGUGUGGGCACACCUCAGGUGCACAUGUGCGCAAAGUGCACGCUCAGUAGCAGACUCACAGAACCGGUAGAGGACUUCAGAGGAUUUCACCACUGAUUACAUGUGCAGGUUCCUGUGCAGAAGCCAGACGUCUGGCCUGUCCUACAGCCUAAACCGAAAAUGCCCUGGGGAACUGUGGCCAGUAACCCAAAGGGUUCUACAUGACAGCAUUUCAGAUAUUGAAGGUAGUUGCAAUCCCUCUGCAAUCUUCUCCAGUCUAAAUUUAUCCAGUGCCUCCAACCACAUCCUUUAUCAGCUUGGUUGUUCUACAAUAAUAUUAGCAUUUUUUUCUUUAAAAGUAUUCCAGUAAUGUUGUUGGGACUGGUCUGGGUUCUUUCAUUGCCGACUAUGGGGGCAUCAGGUUAAACCAGAAGUAGUAAAGUCUGUGCCAGCCAGAAGUGUAUUUUAAAAUCUGCUAAUGUAUUGCUAUCUUAGUUCCUCCAAGUAUUCUGCAAUUACAAGAGUUUCGUUAUUCUAUCAGGAAACUUUGCAGUUUCUGUUGCUGGUUUCAAUUGAAUUUUAUUCAGCUUUAAAAGCAUAUGUAACUCCAAUGUAGUUAACUAAUAUUUUCUUGUGUAACAAUCUCCAUGUUUUUUUAAGCAAUUACAAUUAUUAUCUCAUCAAAGAGAUUCAUUUUUUUUCUGGAUUUGCUCAUUCUAUAUAAAUGAAAGCCCCAGUAGACGUAUGCAUCAGAAUCAGUGAUGAAAGGAUACAAAAGUAUACAACUGUCACUAUAGAAUGGUUCCAAAGUAAUUUAUAAUUCCCAUCUUACAUUUGUAUGGCAGACAGCAAAGCUAUAUAGAAUCCACACAGGAAAUUACAAUCCAAAUCUGGGGCUCAGCUCCUGAAUGUUCAUGGAUAGAGUAAGUUGCACAGACACCUGAAUUCUAGAAUAUUCAUGAUCCCUAAUGUAUUUGACAACUUCCAAAUCAAGAGUGCCUCUCAAAGAGGAUAUUCUGUCUCCACCACCCCACCCCACCCACAAUAUAUAGGACUGUAUUUCUUGACACUUUAUCAACAGACUCUUAAGAAUGAAUAAUUUAGAUAAAAGAGGAGGCCAGAAUGCAGGAUUAGAAUUCCAGAAUUCAUUUGAAGAUUGAAUAUAUGACAGCACUUUAUCCUGAAACUGGAUGCAUGCCAGCACUACACCCUGAAACUGGGCAUGGAAGUAGACAAGUUUUCAAAAAUACAUUACAAACCAGGGAUUAUUCACUUCUAGUUUGCACUUUUAUUUUGGUCCCAUUGUACUGUAGUAUUGAGGUAAAUAGACAUGGCAAUUUUCUAAAGCACUACACAAAAUGAUCUUGAAUAUCUUUUUAGUUAAUGUAUUGGAGCAUAGUGAAAAUCAAAUGAAUUUGAUAUAGCUCAGUAUUUUAGGUGAGACAUCUCAAGUUCUUCUUUCAUUGGUCUGACAUUGAUUCAUUUCUUCAGUAUUAAAGUAUCUGCAGCAAUGAUGGUUGGUCUUUGGCAUAUAGUAUUUCCUCCUCUUUAGGAUCUUAUAAUUAACUAAAAAGCUAAUAUUUUUUCAGGAACAUUCAGGUGGUUAGAAGCAGUUUUUGAAAGUAGAAAGCUGUCCUAGUUUCAGGAGGCAUCAUAAGAAGUUGAAACAAAAAAGAUACAUUGAAGUCAGAUACUUGUGUUUGAGAAUUUGGAGAUGGAUAAGAGAUAGGAAGCAACCCUGCUUCAAAUGAUAAAAUGGUUUCUUUUUGCAAUCAAGACUGUAUCUCUUAAACUGUCCCAGAAGUCCAAGUCAAAUGUGGCAGUUCCAUGAGCUUAACAAAUGGACUGCCCCAAUUAAAAAAAAAAAAAGGAAGUGGAAAAUACUACAAAACGUUUAGUUUGUGGGAAAUGAGAAAUAACACCUUUCUGGUUUCAGGGAUUAUAAUCUAUUAUGUUUCUUUCCACAUCAUUUUCAGUUUCACUAAAAUCUUUCUAUAGAUCAGGCAGUUUUCAAAGGUGUGUCCUCUAUGUGGGGAAAUACUGGGUGACCCAGAUCAACUGUGUCUUCAAGAUUUUGAAAUUUGCAGAUCAUUUAUUUCAAACUAACAAAAUAGAUAGAACUUCAGGAAAAUAUGCAGGUAACUGAACCUUUUGCCACAGCCUACGUAGAGCUUUUGUUUUCAAAUAAAAAUGAGGGAAAGAAAAAGAAGAAAAGUAAGCUUGAACCUUAUUCCUGAUCUUUGGCUAGUGAUGGCAGAAAUGGCUUAUUCCUGCAAUCCAAUCUUUACCCUAGCUAUGGAAAUCAGCUUUUGUAAUGCCCUAGAUGGGUUUUGGGCUGGUGUUGCUUUCCAGAAAUGAAUUGUUAUGUGGCACGAUAUACAAAAAGCCUCAGCUCUUCCUUCUAUCUGCUUCCUUUUGUUCAGGUUUUUGCUUGCAAAGAGAAUAUAAAUUUCAGCAUUAUUAUUAAAAGUCUGAACUUCACUCAUUUCCUUUAUAAGAAUAUAAUCCUAUAACCCUUCACCUUCUAGCCUACAACUAACUUAAUGCCCACAUAUUGGUGCACAUACACAUUAGUAUGCAAUUAUUUGGUAUAGCACUAGGAAGGCGUCCUCAAGCUUCAUCCUAUGCAAGGUAAUUCAUUGACUUGAGCAACAAGAUCGAUAGAAUUUGACUGAGGGAGUCAGGAUUGGCUUACAGAUGAGCAUCACGCCACAACCUGUAGCCCACUGUUAUACUCCAAAAUCAGUUAAAAGAUGGCUGGUUAUAUAAAUGUUUUAAAUAAUUAAAUAAAUCAGAGAUCCAUGAUUUGUCACAAGGACUGCUUUUUUUUCUUUAAUCUCCUUCUGUGAUGUUAACAUCUGCCUGUGAUAAAAUCCAUAUUAGAAUUAAGCAGUUGAAGUUCUUCUUAGCAUGCAGGGGGCGAAAGAUAAAUCCUAAUUAUACAGUUUUAUCUUAGAAUCUAAUAGAAGCUGGAACAUGAAUAGACCCACAUAUUAGUUUAUGUAAAAAGGCAGCUUUUUAUUUCAAUUGUUUUGAGGUAUAGGAAUCAAUAUCAGUCUUAGGGAAUCAAAUGUAUCACUGCUCAUUUGCUAAUAUAAUCAGGACCCUUUCUAAGCUUCUCUUCACAUGCACCAUCUACAGCAGGAUCAUGCCCCUGACAUUUCCUUAUGAUACAGACUACAUCUGAAGCAGCUUAAACUCAUUUUCUAAUUUUUCUAUUCUAAUUUUAAUGUUCUUUCUCCAUCUUAGAAAUCAAUUUUUUUGCUGUGGACAUCAUCUAGGAUACUUGAAAAAUAGGAAAUGAAAUCUAACCAACUAUUUUUGACCACUUUAGGCUGGUGCAGAUAUGCUUCCUCUCUUUUGGAAGUCUGUAGAGAUUCCCAGUCAUGGUUGUCCCAAAGGUGCUUUUUCAGGAGGCAAUUGGACUUUCUUGUUUUUUCUUUGAAGACUUUUUUCUUCUCAUCCAAGAAGCUUCUUCACCUCUGACAGGAUGUGGGGAAUGGAAGGAUUUAUAUUCCUUGCAGUUAGUUGGUCAUUUGCAUCCUGUUGAACCCCAGCCUCAGGUUUGCCGUACCGGGGGGGGGGGGGGAGGUAGCCAGAUGGCUGAGCUGUGGGACCAACGUGGACGGCGCGGCGAGCAGCAGGCAAGGCUUCAGCGGCAGCAGUUACUUUUGGCCGUGCCGAACAGCUGUUCAUUGGGUCCCCAGCAUGGGUGUGGUGACACCAGAAUGACAUUUCUUGUUUGUUAACCGGCCAGGAGGCCUCCACUCACCCACCUGCCAGCUGAUUGGGCAGAGAUCGUGGACGCGCCAUCGUUGCCAGAAAAGGGUCCAACCGCUGCUCUUCAAGCGCCCUGCGCAGCUGCAGCCUCACGUUUCUGGCCCUGGAAUGUUCACCGGAUGUGAGCUGGGUGUACCUGGCCAGCUGGAGGGCAUGAGUCUAUGGCAUUACAACACGCUGGGAGGUGGACGCUUACAGUGCUGACUUUACACCAGACUUUGCAUUGGACUCAUUGUGUACUGAGGCUCUGACCUGAUUAAAAUUUUUGCUGGCUUGACAGUUCCUGAGU